AUGCAAGAGCUACUUCAAGCUGCCUUUUUCAGGAAUGAAAUGUUUGAGUCACUACCAAGUAUGUCUGAAGGUGUAGUAGAUGUUGAAUCAGGAUUUGCAGAUAUGGAACAAACUGUAGCUGAGGAUGUGCAUCCUGCAGAUGACAAUGCUAAGGAGAGUGAACAGAAUCUAUAUGAAAGAUACUUGAAGGAUGCACACACAAGUUUAUAUCCUGGGUGUAAAUUUUCUAAGUUGUCAUUUUUGGUAAACUUAUAUCACUUAAAAUGCUUAAAUGGCUGGACACAAGAAUCAUUUACAAGACUUCUAGUGCACUUGAUGGUGCAUUUGGUAGAAGAAGUUAGACUUGGUGGCCCCGUUCACUACCGGUGGAUGUACCCCAUGGAGAGAUUUUUUGUUCGGCUUAAAGCGCUUGUGAAGAACAGAGCUCAGCCAGAAGGUUCGAUUGCUGAAGGGUAUUGCAUGGAGGAGUGCAUGACAUUUUGUUCCAGAUUUCUUGAUGGAGAUACUCGUUUUAACAGACCGGCUAGAAAUCCCGAACCUUCAGGCAAUAUGAAAGAUAUGUACAUGUUUGAGAGUGCUGGAGAACCAAUUGGAAAAGCUACUGUAAGCCAUUUUGAUAGCCAGCUUCUUAUUCAGGCACAUCGAUACGUGUUGCGACACUGUGAUGAACUUGAAGAAUUCCGCAAAUUCCACACACUGAGUCGUGAGGCUGCAAGGUCGACACAAAAUAGUGGUGUAGUAAACAUUGCAGAAGAUGGGGUUAAUUAUUAUGGCAGAUUAACAGAUAUAAUAGAACUGACAUACACUGACUACAAGGUUGUUCUUUUCAAAUGUGAUUGGUAUGAUGUCCAUCAUCGUGCUGGUUUACGAAACGAUGAGUUUGGAUUACCACUUGUGAAUUUUUCAAAGAAAAUACACACUGGGGAAAAACUGGAGCAUGAUCCCUGUGUCUUUUCUUCACAAGUGGAGCAAGUCUUUUAUGUUGAACACCCAAAAGCUGAAGGAUGGAAUUCUGUGGUAAGAUUUAAGCCACGAGAUACUUUUGACAUGGGUGAUGAUGAACUGCCACCGGAUGAAGCAAAUUAG